AGCAUCGCAUACUUUGUCUACAUAAUAUCUUUGGUUGUUGCAUUGUAGUGUUCAAAUAUGAAAGCGAAUACCACGGCAAUUGCAAAACAAACAGCCGUCUUAACAACAAAUAGCUAACAUAGCUAGCUAACGUUAACGAUAAGGUCGCGAGAUAUUGGUGGUAGGCCUCUUCUAUGUAGCAUGAGCUAAAUAUAAUUCUAGACUAACGUUAGACCAGCACAAUAUGUCUAAUAUGGCUAAUAAUUAGUCAGGCUACACAAAAAUCAAAAGUCAAGCUAUUGUUUAUUUCAUAUUUUAUAAGUCUAAUAUUUGCCGAUCUUUCCAUCACUGCUGGGAAUCGCUCGUAGUUUUUUCCAGCUAACUUUGGGCUACUUUUAUUAUUCAACAGACUCUAUACCACCGCGGAGACCCCCUACCAGCAGUGCGCUCAAGAGGGAGACAACCUCUCAGCCACCUCAGAGAACCAGCUGCUGGGUUUAAAGGUCCUAACCGCAUCACCUCCACCACUCAAGACGCAUACCAGCAUUACUAUGACCAACCAUGGAGAUGACUGCUACUUCUUCUACUAUUCCACCUGCACUAAAGGAGACAGCUGCCCAUUCAGACACUGUGAGGCGGCCAUGGGCAGUGAGAUCGUCUGCAACCUCUGGCAGGAGGGACGCUGCUUCCGUACCGUCUGCAAGUUUCGCCACAUGGAGAUAACAAAAAACCGAAAGGAGAUAUCUUGUUAUUGGGAGAACCAGGCAGCUGGCUGCCAGAAGCCACACUGCGCCUUCUUCCAUGAAAAGCCCCGCUACAUCGAUGGGAUCUUUGUCCCACCUGAUAAAGGUCUAAGCAGAAAAGAGGAACAGCCCCAUGAGGAGCCGUCCCCCCCGCCAGCUGCCCCCCUCCCCACCGCAGCCAAUCCCCAGCUCAGAGGCGUCAUCAAGACAGAGAACCAGGAGCCAGUACCGAGCCCCACACACCCACCAGUGGUGAUCAAUCCAGCAGACGAUGAUGAGGAUGAAGAUGACCAGUACUCCGAGGAGGGAGAGGAUGGAAAGGUUGGCUCUUCUCCUAGAAAACUACCCAAAUCAGGUGACUCACUGAACUUCGGAGUGAGCACCCUGGAGGAGAUCCGGCUGAGGAAGGCCCUGAAGGCCAGCAUGAAGAGAGCUGGUUACCCCAUCCAGAGUGCUGAUACUUCGGCCAAUGGGGAGAAAGAAAACAUCCAGUCAUUCUUUCGACCACCCCUCUACGGGGAGGGAGAUGGCCCACUUGUCUUUGAAGAAACUUGGAGACCACGAGGCAGUGUGGCCGAAAGGCUCGGAAGGAAGAUGCCCAACACUGACGUGAACAUUGCAGAAGGUGUCCCACUGAAAAGGAGUCUGGCUGGGCGUCUGGGCCGAGUUGUGGAUGAGGAAGAGCCAAUAAUGCCCCCUCAGAAAGCUUUUAAACCUGUUAAGGACAGACUUGGACUGCCUCGGUCUGUUGCACCCGCUGAACCAGCCGUGGCCGACGUUGAGUCAAAGAGAGCCCCUGAGCAGAUUCGCAUCAAAACUCUGGAGGAGAUCAGACAGGAGAAGGCAGCCAAGUCUCAGAGCCAGAAGCAUCAAUCUUCAGCCGUGGCUUCAGAAGUCAACGCCACCAAAACCGCCAAGGGUGUCAAGCGAGCCAUCACCGUCAAAGACAACUCCAUUAGGCACGUCAAACUGUUCUCGGAGAUCCUCGGCGCCAAGAAGAAAAGGCAGGAGGAACCGGAACAGAACCCCAGCCCUAAGAAAUCCAAGCACACGGUGGAGAAAGCUCCAGGCAAGAGCCAGGCAGAGUCUGACCCAGCGGGUCCUGGUCCUGAGGCUACAAACGCGUGGGAGGUUAGAGUAAAGACCCUGGAGGAGAUCCGCAGGGAGAAGGCGGCAAAGAUUCGGGCUCAGCCGGCCCCGGAGGCCGAAGACAAGAAGAGCUCUGAUGCUGAGGUGAACGACGUUAAGAAGCCUCGCCUACUGCGCAUCAAGAAACUGGCUUCCCAAAGCAACGUCACAACACCGAAGAGUGCUGAAGUGACCGAGAAGCCACUGAAAACUCCUACUGCUGCUCCUGAGCCCAGUACUGCCACCAGUAACAAUGUCAAGGUGAAGACCUUUGAGGAGAUCAUGCAGGAGAAACGUCUUCGCAAGCAGGAGAUGGAGGAGCAGGCCAAAGCCUCAGCUGAAACCGAGCCUUCUCCGAAACUGGCCGAUGAAGGAACCCUCAAGAGGAAGGUUCCUUCUAGAGUCGGUCUUACAUGCCCAGGCUCCUCAUCGCCUUCCUCCACCCCUCUGGCUCCGGACUCUACCCCUCCCACCCAAAAACAGAUCCCCCUUAAAUCCAAGGUCGCUUCCCCUCUGAACAGCACUGCUUCUGGUACAAGAGGUGCUGCUGUUCCAGCUGCGACCUCAAUCCCUGCGAAGCAGAGCUCUUCUCCACUGGAGGCCGAGCCCAAGUCCGACUCCCAGAGCCCCAGCGGCCCGGGGAAGGUCCCAGACAAAAACGCAAAGAGUUCCGCCGCACCGUCUGCAGCCAAGCAGGCCAGAGCAGCUCCUCGGGGUCCCGCUGCCGGGGCCCGUGCUUCUGAUAAAGCAUUGAACAAUAAUCAGAAGAAAUCCCCAGAACACACUGCAGACACCAAAGUGAGGCCCAAGCUGAACGUGAAGCCGUCUGUGGUGAAGCCAGCGGUGCAGGUGAAGCCGGGCCAGAAGAGGAGGGGAGCAGAGCGAUCAGCUGUUGCUGCUGUUAAGCCUCUGAACAGCGUCUCUACAGUGCUGGAGGAUGCACAGCAGGAGACGCCAUGCAGAGACAGACAGGAGUCCCUGGCCUCCAAUGCUGAGGCUCAGCUGAGCUCUGCUGUUCCCCAAAGUCCCAGCAUGCUGUUGGACUGCUCCGGCUCCAGCCCACCGGGAGAGGAGCUCCAGACUGUCCCUGUCUUCAAACGGAGCCAAGAAACCAAGCCGACUGUUAAUGAUGCUACUGCUGCCAGAGAGGCCUGCACAGUCCCCCAAAGCCCAGUCCUGAAGACUCCCACUCAGCCCAAGUCCCGGAGACUGAGCGUAGCCGCGUCCCGCACCGUCUCCACCUCCAGCGCUGCUGCCUCGUCCUCCUCCGCUGUGGACGACUUCGAGGAGCUGAUCAACGAGUUCACCGACAACGACCAUCUGGAGGGAGACGUGGACCCUGGCAUGGAAGAGGACGACCUGCUGCAGGAACUUUCAGAGAUGAUUGACAGCUGAGGGCUCCGUCCAGCACAAUCAGCCCCCCCCCCCAACAACCAUUUCGAGUAAACCCAGUCAGCCACUAGCUACCAUGGGGCGUUUUUAAAGAUAUUAUUUUCUGAAGAAGUUCAACUUAUUUUAAGCUUUAGAUUCAUGUUUGUUUUUCUUCUCCUUCAUUUCCUUCCCAUGUGAUCAUCUGCUCACCCCAGGGGUUUCUGCAGGGCGUAUUUUUUUUUCAUUUUUAUCACGUAUGUUCAUGAUCAUUCGGGUCAAAGUUUUUGUUGCUGGGAGAUGUUAAGAACAUUAUCAUUUUGUCAGGAACCCUGGAAAAUGUUAAAUCUUGGGAACGAUGAAUGAGUAAUUUUAGAGGGAAGUCCUAUCUGUAUACUGUGUAUGCAAAGGGAAGAGCCAGCGGAGUAUAGAAAUAAUGAAAACUGCUGCACUUGCAGUAGCCUGCCCCCGACUACUUGUGUUUUUGUUUUUAUAUAUGUGAGUGGACAAAGACUGCUGUUGCCCAGCUAUUUCCCAGAUUAUAGAUCAUGACAUUUAAAUGUAUAAUUUUUAAUUUAACGAUGACCCUGUCAACAAAGCUCAGGUCCGAGCCUGAGAGGAAGUUACUCUGAAGCUAAUCAGCCGUGUUAGUGUCGGGAUCGUUUUACCCAUCAGGUGUAUGUAGUUUAUAGGUUUUCCACUCAGUGCACCUUCUACCACUGGCUGUUCCUUAGUGUUUUUAUAAUGUUUGACCGAAACGUACGUGUUUUUUUUAAACUAGUUCUUUUAUUCAGUGGGCAUACUUUUGAAACAACUAGUCUGGAAUAAAAGUGCAAGUGCUCUCUGGGCUUUGUUAAUGAACACCUCAGGGACUGUUUUUAUGUUCCUGAUAUGAUUGACAAACACUGUAUUUGAAUUCAACAAUGCUGUCUUUAGUUGUCUUUUUCUCUUUGGUGUUGGCAUUGUUUUAUCAAUGUGGUCUGAGAAAAGAUCAACUUGUUUUUUUUGGUCUUAACAUGUGUUUGCUCUGUCCUGAUCCUUUUACACAGCUUGCUAUUCAAAGGGACUUGUACAUAUUACUGUGUAAAUAAAAAGCUGCUUUUAAUGAUCAA